GCAACACUCCCGGACUAUAUGACAUUAUUGUGUUUUAAUUUUAAUAAUUAACGAUGUCCCACGUCCAAGCCGGGAAAAGACAGAAAACUAGGGAUGCAAGGACAGAAAACAUUGACUACUUUCAAGGCAUAGACAGAAUAGAGUACAACAACAUGGCCACUGUAACAGACACAGCUUACUAUCGCCAUUACAACAGCGGAGAGAAAAUACUGUCCAAAGAUAUGGAAGAAUGGCUUAAAUAUAGUGUAUCCUUCACAGAAUUUAAAUAUGACGGUUCAGAUGCUCAAGGAAGACCUACUUUUAACCGGCAAUGGGAUGAUCACACAAACACCAUAGAUAAUUGCAAACGUUGUAUCAGAGCUUUCUACGACUUCUGUACAAAGCUCGGAGUGAAGUACUGGACCGCGUUUGAUUAUGAUCUAGUGCCACAAACAGACAACUGGGAAGAAAACAAAAGUAAUUGGGAUGAAAUCACUGAUUAUAUAACGGAAAUGGCGCAAAAAACACAGAUCAAAUUGUUAUGGAUGGCGCCCGACCUGCAUUCCCAUCAGAGAUAUGCGUCAGGAGCUUUCACGAGUAACGAAGCGACAACUUUCUUGCAAGCAGCCAGUCAGAUCAAGAAAUGUCUGGAAGUGUCUCAGCGUCUGAACGCCGAAUGCUUCCUCCUCUGGCCGUACAGGGAGGGCUACGACGCUGUGUUCCAAACAGACGUCGCCAGAGAGAUCAAACUGUUCGCUAAACUUUUAAAGAUAACAGCGGAAUACAGGGACAGGUUGAGUUAUAAAUGUCAGCUGCUGCUGAUGCCGUACCCGAGCUUUGGUAAGAACUGCAGAAGUACGGAGAUAUGGCGACCGAGAUGUGACUUUGAUAGCGAUACACUGAAUAGGUACAUGUGGGACGUGACCAGCUGCUUGUACUUCCUGAAGUUCCAUAGUUUAGAUCGCUAUUAUAAAGUGUGCUCUCCUCCAGGACAACAUGUCUAUUUAGCUGGAGUUUACAACGCGUUCGGAGGAGUGACAAUGACUAAUACUUUCGAUCCCUCGGACAUUAAGACUAUGACGCUCAUGUUGAAAUGUAUUAUUGAUCAAGGUUCCGCCCCCCCGGGUGGGAUAUCCCUGCGAGUGUUGUGUCCCCGCGGCGGUACCAUCCGUGACCAGCUAGCGAUGUACAUUAAUUAUAUCGACGAGUGCGCCAGAGGACUCAGGGUCGCAGCCGCUGUGCUCGCAGAACAGGUGUUCGUGAAGCAUGUACAGCAACGUUACUCCUCAUACUACAGCGGCUUCGGAGCUCGACUAGUGAGCGGAGACGUGUCUAUGGAAGAGUGUGAAGAAUUAUACAAGAAAAAUCAAGCGCAAACUGAAAUACAAAGCGGGAGGCGCGGGAAUUACGAAUUGGUCUUCCAACGAUACCUAGACGCGUGCGACCACGUGUGAACAUGAAAAAAUAACCUUCAAAACUAAAUGACAUAGCUGUCAAAGGAUUCGUUUACUUAGGACCGAAUAAUAAGAUUUACUUAUAUUAUUAAAUUAUAUUUAAUUUUUAAGGUUUUCUUAGAUUAUAAGUACAGACAGCUGGAGUAUUUUAUUUAACUGUUAUUGUUAUGCUAUAAAGACUUUUUCAGCAUUGUUUAGUUUCAAAUGCAUAAAUAAAUACUUACUUGACAUUGUUUCUAUAUAAUCUAAUAGGAUAUAAUUAUAACGUAAUGAAUUAAAAUAGUAUAUUUUAUAAUAUUUAGAAUAUCUGUAAUGCUACCAGCUACGGACCUCGCAGGAACUGUGAUAGCAACUUUCGGUGACGGGUGACAUUGGUUAAUGUCAAAAAGUGGUUCAUACACGAAUUAAUAUAACGAAAUUCACAAUUAAUUCAAAACUGUUAUGUAG